AUGGAAGCCGCAGGACAAAGGCGCAAAUGGGAAUGCUGGUGGAUUGCUUUGUGUUUCUCUUUGCUGCUGAGGUUUGGGCUGCAGGUUUCAACUCAGAUACGAUAUUCUAUACCAGAGGAGGUAAAUGAGGGAUCUAUUGUGGGAAAUAUCGCAACGGAUUUGGGUCUUGAUGCGAAUAUUCUAGUGGACAGGCGUUUCCGUAUCGUCUCUGGAUCGAAAGACGCUCUUUUUGAGGUAAAUCAGAACAACGGUGAAUUGUAUGUGAGUAAGAAAAUUGACAGAGAGGAGUUGUGUGAUGGAAAUAGCGUGUGCCUGAUAAAUCUGAAAAUCGCCGUUGAAAAUCCACUUGAAAUACAUUAUGUUGGAGUAGAAAUCGCAGAUGUGAAUGAUCACAGUCCUCGUUUUCCCGAAAAAGAACAGCAUUUUGAAAUGGCUGAAAACACUAUUGAAGGUGCACGUUUCGAGCUCCAAACUGCAAGAGAUCCUGACAUUGGAAGCCAUUCUAUUCGGCUUUAUAAAUUAGCAAAGAGUAAUUUUUUUGAGCUAGAAAUGAGAGAGGGUGACGAAGAGGAAAAUAAUCCAAUUUUAGUCUUACUUAAACCUUUAGACAGAGAGAAAAAUUCAGAGCAUAGACUCGUGUUGACUGCUGUGGAUGGAGGCAUCCCCCCAAAGUCAGGUACAUUGAAUAUUACUAUUACUGUUCUUGAUAUCAACGAUAACCGCCCUGUAUGUAGUAAAGAUAUAUAUUCAGUAACGCUUCCAGAAAACACACCUAUAGGGACAGUAAUAGCACGCGUAAAUGCCACUGAUUCUGAUGAGGGUUUAAAUGGGGAGGUUAUUUACACUCUGGGAAAAACUAGUAGACGAAAAGUUCAUGAAAUAUUUAGCCUUGAUAGCGUAACUGGCGAAAUUCAGAUUAAAGAGCCAAUCGAUUUUGAGGAGAGCGAGAUACAUAGAUUGACCGUCCAGGCUACGGAUAAGGGUCAGCCGCCGAUGACCACUGACUGCAGAGUCAUUAUAAAGAUCACAGACGAAAAUGAUAAUAAUCCCGAGAUAGACGUCACGUCCCUUUCUAACACAAUUUCCGAGAAUGCAAAACCUGGAACUGUAAUAUCUCUGAUUAGUGUAUCAGAUAAAGACUCUAGUGUUAAUGGCAAGGUUGUUUGUAGUCUUUCAGACAAUGUUCCGUUCGAGUUAAAGCCAUCUGUUCAGGAAAACAUGUAUUCUUUAAUUACUAAAGAACGCUUGGACAGGGAAUUUACCGCAGAUUAUAAAAUCACAAUCAAAGCCAGUGAUUUAGGUCAACCGCCUCUCUCUUCUUUUAAAACUGUUACUGUGCAGGUGGUUGAUGUUAAUGAUAAUAAACCAGAGUUUGUCAAAAAUCCCCUCGAGUUGUAUUUAGUGGAAAAUAACACUCCUGGUGCAUCAGUAUUCUCUGUGAGCGCGUCAGACAAAGAUCUUAAUGAAAAUGCCGCGAUCUCAUAUCAGAUAGCUAGAGGAAAUGGAACAGAGAGUGAUAUGUCUUCAUUUCUCAGUAUUAACCAUGAAAGUGGCGUUAUCCAUGCGCUUAAAAGUUUUGAUUUUGAAUCUGUUAAAAAGUUUCAGUUCCAAGUUGUUGCUACAGACUCUGGAACUCCGUCUCUGAGCUUACAGGACACAAAUUACGACGGAACUCUGUGUCACAGCAUCCAGUACAGAUCUGGAGACAAACGGUACAUGUUAGUUGGACCCAGAAUGAGUAUCGGCUCUACUAUUGUUCCUGGCAGUAAUGGAAAUACUCUAGUGAUCCCAGAUUGCAGGAGGAGAGGUUCUGGAGAGAACGACAACGUUCCAGUGAUCUUAUAUCCAGUCAGCGCUAACGGUUCUGCUGAGGGUGUGGAAGAGAUUCCCCUUUGUAAGAUCUCUAUCAUAAGACUCUAUCAUAAGGAGCGUAUUGUUCAGCUGGAGUAA